GCGGACGCCGUACUACAAAUGGCGGGUAAUGAAACAGCUGUUCACACCACCGUCGGCUCGACAUCUAGCGGAGCGCGGGCGCGAUCCGGCACGCGUCGGCGACGACGUCGACGUUGGAUACGCCGCGGCGAGGAAGCACGUAGACGAGGUGCCAGAAGGAGGGCUAGAACGGCGGUGUCCGCUGGUGACCUGUCCAAGAGGAACAUGGCUGCUGGCUGCUGCGGCGCGAAGAAGCAGAGGCUGGGCGGCGGCGGUGGCGGCCCCGCGGCGCCGCCGAGCCUGUCGCCGUGUGACGGCACCGCCAUACGGCACGGCACUCCUCAAUCGAGGAAACCCGUGACGAUCGCCCAACCGGAGAUGGGCUUCUACUGCUUCGACGUCCUCUACUGCCAGCUGCACCAGCUGGACCCGCCGAAAGCGCCCAACUUCAGCAACGAAGCGUUCCCUUUAUUUGUGACAUGGACAAUAGGAAAAGAUAUGAGAUUACGAGGUUGUAUUGGUACUUUUAAUGCGAUGCACUUACAUGCUGGGCUACGCGAGUACGCUACAACUAGCGCGUUCAAAGACUCUCGGUUUAAUCCUAUAACUCGAGACGAGCUGCCGCGCUUGCAUGUAAGCGUGUCGAUUUUGCGGCAUUUUGAAGACGGAGUUGACUAUUUAGAUUGGGAAGUGGGUGUGCACGGAAUUCGCAUAGAAUUCCACAAUGAGAAGGGUAACAAACGGACGGCUACUUACUUGCCCAGCGUAGCUAUGGAGCAAGGAUGGGACCAGAUACAAACGAUAGAUUCUCUGCUACAUAAGGGUGGCUUCAAAGGCUUAGUCACACCCGAUAUCCGUCGUAGCCUGAAACUGACUCGCUAUCAAAGCGAGGAGGUCACCGUGAGCUAUCAGGAUUACAUGACGCAUUUCAAUUCGUCUCAUUUGCUAAACGAUAGUACGCGAUACAAUUCUUUCGUGUCUGGACAACAGUGUUUGCAGAUUGUCACGCAACCGAAUCGUUCGACGUUCAUUCAUCCAUUACCCUUACCUCCAAUUACCCCAGUUAUGAUACCGAUACGUAACAAUCCAUCCCUUUGGUGGAAUAACGCAGGUCCGUCCUAUCCGCCUGCACCGGUUUAUCCUCGACCACCGCAUCGCUUCUUAACGCAGGAUACUGCGGAGCGCGGGACCGUUCGUGUCCGCAGUCGGGUCGCAGUGGUCGACGGCGACGACGACGACGGCGGUCGAGACGGUAACAUGGCUGCCGGCUGUUGCGGUACGAAAAAGCAGAAGCUCAACAAUUCCGCGAGCGUACCAUGCAACGGCACAGCGAUGCUGUCGAACGGCACGCGUAUACGUAAUACGCCGAUCGUUCAGCCCGAGAUGGGCUUCUACUGCUUCGACGUCCUCUACUGCCAGCUCCACCAACUCGACCCACCAAAACCGCCCAACUUCAGCAACGAAGCAUUUCCCUUGUUUGUAACAUGGACUAUCGGAAAGGAUAUGCGACUACGCGGCUGUAUUGGUACAUUCAAUGCCAUGCACUUACAUGCAGGACUUAGGGAAUAUGCUACUACCAGUGCUUUCAAGGAUUCACGAUUCAAUCCUAUAACACGAGAGGAACUUCCACGUUUACAUGUAAGCGUUUCUAUAUUGCGGCAUUUUGAAGACGGCGUGGACUACUUAGAUUGGGAGAUAGGAGUCCAUGGGAUUCGCAUAGAAUUCCAUAAUGAAAAAGGCAACAAGAGAACUGCUACUUACUUACCUGAUGUUGCGACUGAACAAGGUUGGGACCAGAUACAAACCAUAGACUCGCUAUUACAUAAGGGUGGCUACAAGGGCUUAGUUACACCGGAUAUUAGACGCAGUGUGAAGCUGACGCGAUACCAGAGCGAGAAGAUUACUGUAAGCUAUCAAGACUACAUGACACAUUGGCAUAACCGACGAUGCUAGCAGCUGGCUUGGGGUCCUAUCCAGGGGCCCCUACCUUGCCAAACGCCAGGCACGUUUUGUUACAAAAAUAUCUCGGACACAGUUAACGCGCCGUAUCCACAAUAUAGUACCACUCAAUACAACUCUUUCAUGGCCAAUCAACAACAUACGUUAGUUAUGGUUCAGCCGAAUCACCCCACAUUCAUACACACACUUCCGCUGCCACCAAUUCCUCCGGUUGUGGUACCUAUGCAAAACUAUCCACCGUUCUGAUGGAAUUAUGCGUACCGCAUCCUUCAGUACGCUGUAUCGUUAUUCUUUACAAACUUUUGUAAUGCAAAGAAAUGAAUUAAAUGCAUAAAAGAAUAUAAUAUUAAAGGCGGCUCUUAUGUACAUCUUCUAUUGCUUGAAUUGGUGCCUAUUAUAUAUUUUGAUUCAGCAAGCAUUUAUUGUCUCUAUUUUUUUUCUCUCUUUCUCUCAUUAUCGGUUCUUGUGCGAUUUAUUCGUCUGUGAAAAGAAAUGCGGAAAAAUACAAUCUUGAGUAUGGUGGCAAUGUUCUUCCAAAACAUUUGUUGUAAGUAUAAAUAAUAUUAUCGGCAUAGAGACAUUUGUAUAUGAUAGACUCUUGUUCUCGUAUUGUACAAUUUUAUGAUUGUUAAAUUUGAACUAGAAACAAAAAUAAUCUAUUUGCGAGUAACAAUGCAAUUUCAGUUUGCUGUCGAACAUUUGACUAGCCAUUGAUCGUUAUGAUAAAAUGUAAAUACUAUACGAUUAGCUUUGCCAUUAUGCCAUCAUGCUAGGACAUUAGACACUCAUUAGUAUCUGUGAAAGGAGGGACACGAAGAAUUUUCGAAUACAUAAUACGAAUACUGUCUGUAUAAUUAAUUGUGACUAUAUUAGUCCAUCCACAUUCGAUAAUGCACAAAUUCGUCAUGGUCGCCUGUUGACGUUGCUCGUGAAAGCAGAUAAAAAUUAUCAGCGAACAAAUGUAUGCGAGCAACGAAAUACUUUGAUUUUCUUAACAGUCGAGAAAAAAUUUAAUUGGGGCAUUCUGUAAAGUAUGAAUGCAUUGUCAUGUAGAACGGAUAAAAUUAUUAUUUUCUUUUUAAGAUCUAAUAUAAUCGUUAAUUAUUCAUAUUUGCGUAAUAUCUGACACGUAAUAACACUAUAACAUCUGAACAGAAUUUCUUUGCAUCAAUGGUAUAAAUAAAAAUUUUUCUUAAAUUGUUAUGUCUUGUACUGCGACUUAUUUAUGAAUAUUGAUUUCUCUCUUAUCUGUUUUCAUUAAUAUAUGCAAAUUGUUGUACAAUGAAACACAAAAGUGACAUGAAGAUAUUUUGUAAAUUUUUAAUGUUGCAUAUUUAUACCAUUCCUACAAUGAAGUUUGAGGCAAGUUUAGAUUACAGUCCAAAGUUUUAUUACAGCAAAGGAUUCUCGCUACUAACAAUAAUUUACUUUAAUAAAAUUAUUGUUUGAUUAUUUUUAAAUUUCUAAAAUUUUGAAUUUCUAUCUUGAUGCAAAUUUGUCACAAUAUCUAAUAAAAACUGUUAUGAUUUGUUUUAAUUUACAUCAGUAAAUGAAUUUUAGAAUGGGACCUCUACUGUAAAUAAGCAAUGGACUAUACUACAACUAACAAAAAAAAAUAUUAGAUACAAUAUAUAGACACAAUAUAUAGAUUUAAGACAUUAAAACAAAAAUGACGAUCUCAUUGUGAUGUUGAUUGCUGUGCAAAUCAUGGUAAUGACUCAUUCAUUAUAAUGACAUCAGAUAAAAUCUUUUCCCACUUAAAAGUAGAUAAAGAUAAUAUGGAAAAGAGCAAAAAUGCAGUUGUAUGUGCUGUAGAUGUAUGCAAUUGAGUUAUGAAUUACGUGCAUUUGAUGAAAUGGCACAGGAAACGAUAUACCGGAAAAUCUCUGUCAGUGUACCUUAAAUGCGCGGUAUGUUUAACAACAUUGUCACAUAUAAAUAGAAGUUCAGGCAUAUUUUAUAUUAAA